AUGCUGCUCCGGCUGUAAGCGACCCCCUUUUUUCACUUGAAGACUUCCAUAUCUCUGUACAGUAUACUUGAGCUGUAUCAAAACUAAGAGAAUACCUAGUCGGGGAUUGCAACGCAUGGCACAAAUGGUCUUCACUCUCCCCAAGCAGGCCCGCAGCAUCAACUGGACUAGACAUCUUAAUCUACAUCUCACUCGUCCUCACACUAUCCACCACCGCAUGCGCCCUCACCCUCCUAUCUCGCACCAAGCAAUCCCUUCAAAACACUCUCACCCCUUCUCCUACCCCCUCAAAAACAUCCAAUCCACCAUCCAUCCCCGCAGCCGGGAGCGGCGUCCGCGAAAUCAAGCUGGUAAUCAAUAACUUCCAAUUCCCAGGCUACCUAACCAGCAAAACCGUACUACUAAAAGCCACCGCGAUGAUCCUAAGUACCUCCUCGGCACUGAGUAUCGGCAAAGAGGGGCCGUUCGUCCAUCUCGGUGCCGGUGUUAGCGCGUGGGUAGCCAGAGUAUUUGAUGUGAAGCCAGGGGAGACAAGACGGCUUUUGCUCUGCGCGGGAGUGGCUUCGGGGUUGGCGGUUGCGUUUGGGGCGCCGGUUAGUGGGGUGGUGUUUGUGCUUGAGGAGUUUAGGUAUGGAUUUCACUUCCAUCUUACUAUGAAAUGUGGCUGUGAGGAAAAGAACUGAUUUUUGAAGUAUGAUGUGGACACCGAAACAGCUUAUGUUAAUCCUAUUUUGCACUAUUGUAUACCUCCCCCCGGCCUUUAUCGCUAAAGUAUCUGACUAAGAAGCGCAGAUUUCAAGUCUCUCUCUAAAGUUAUUAGAACCAUUCGGUAACCGAAUGCCCGUCUUAAUCGAUGUCCACUACACCACCGACUGGUCACUCCUCGAGCUCCCCGCAUUCCUCUUCCUCGGCGCACUAGGCGGCAUCUUGGGCGCGCUAUUCAUCAAAGCAUGUAGAUUCUGGGCGAAGACAUACCGUCGAAUCGCAGUGAUCAAACGAUAUCCUAUGCUGGAUAUCCUUCUCAUCGCGCUCCUCACGGGCGUAUCUUCGUACUGGAAUCAGUACACGAAGCUUGGUGAUAGCGAAUUGCUUUCGAACUUGGCGGCUACUUGCAACCGUGGUGUGAAAUCAUCCCCACACCUCGGGAGUUUCAAAUCGAGUGAGACACUGUCUACUUUACUCAUUCCUCUGGUUGUAGCGUUCAUAGUAAAGGGGAUACUAACCAUCGUCUCCUUCGGACUUUGCGUCCCAGCCGGGAUAUACGUCCCUUCCAUGGCGAUAGGAGCUCUCCUCGGAAAAGCAAUCGGACACAGCGUCGAAGCACUUUCCAAGAACCUCCCACUCCUAGCAUGUCCAACCGAAAAAGGAGUCUCCUGUGUCAACCCCGAAGUAUACGCCCUCAUCGGGGCCGGAGCCAUGAUGUGCGGCGUCACUCGACUACCCGUCACCCUAACAAUAAUCCUCUUUGAGCUGACCGGGAGUCUGAAAUACGUGGGCUGCUUCUGCAUCGCUAUCCUGGUUGCGAAAUGGGUGGCGGAUUGUAUCGAGGAGGGGAACAUCUAUGUAUGUAUCUCCCUUCCUGCCUUCUCCUCCAAUCUCAUUAAACAAUACUCACCUCACACAGGACCUCGUCAGCUCUCUCCACGCCUAUCCCAUCUCAUCCAUCACAUCCCCCACCUCCACCAAAACACUAUCCUCCAUCCUCCCCUCCCAAUCCCCCUCAAACACCAGCAUCGACAUAACACACUCCCCCCUCAUCCCCUCCUCUCUCCUCCAACAAAGACUCACCACCCUCCUCUCCCACGACCCUUCAGGCGGAAUAAUAAUAACCUCGCACUCCAAACCCAUAAACCUCCUCCCAGUGGAGGCCCUAAAAACCGCACUAGCUUCCUUGAAAAAUAAUUCAAGUUCUACCGCAUGUCUCCUUUCUGCGAAACGGUGGGAGUACCCGGAACAGGGGAUACGGUUGUAUGCGCCGGAAAGAGAUAGCGCUUCGUAUUAUCUGUGGCGGGGGGAGGAGGUGGAUUUUACGGGGUAUUUGGUACCGGUACGUCUACUUUACCUACUUUCCAACUCUUCCCCUUCAUCUUAUUUUCAUUUCCAAAACAGCACAAAAAACUAAUUAUUCAACGUCACAUCCAGCCACCGAUAACCCUCGAAAUAAAUUCCCCAAUCCAGUUCGCAGCCGAUUGCUUCCAGAAACUGGGGUUGGAGUAUGUUUGUGCGGUGGAGAAUGGGAAGUAUGUUGGUCUUGUAAGUUUGACUUCUACGAGUUAGACGUGUUUCGAGACUAAUGAUGGUAUCUAGGUUCGCAAGCAAGAUCUUUAUCAAGAUGGUGCUUUCCAUUCUUGA